CUAAACGCAGUUCUGCGUCCAGCACAUCCUCCGCUCGUAAACAAGCCCUGGCUGAUCAAGCAGCUUUACUGGCGAAAGCGGAAGCUUUAAAGAAGAAACAUAAAUUGGAGGAACAAGAGCAAAGACAUAGAUUGGAAGCUGAUAAAAUACGUCAACAAAAGGAGCAGGUGGAAAAAGAAGCACAAAUAGCUGCUGCUGCUGCACGUCUUUCUGUGUUGGGAGGCAGUAGCAUUGGAGGAAAAUCCAAAGUAGUGUCCGAUGGGAUGAACUCUUACGUCAGCAAAAGACUUAAAGAUCAAAGGUGUACUGAAAUUAAUCCAAAAUCAAAAGAAUUUGUGCCUAAUAUUAUUAUAUCUGACGCUAUGUUAACAGCGCCCCACAAUCUGCGCCAGAUGUAAGACCUAAGGUGUUC